AUGCGGAAGAGAUGGGUCUGCUGGAGCGGAAGUGACGUUUCGAGCGGCUGUGGCGGCGGCGGCUGCGGGAGGAGGAGGAGGAGGAGCCGGAGGAAGAGGGCGGCCUCCGAAGAAGGCAGAAUGGCGUUCAGCAAAGGAUUCCGGAUCUAUCACAAGCUGGACCCCCCGCCGUUCAGCCUGCUGGUGGAGACUCGGCACAAGGAGGAAUGUCUCAUGUUCGAGUCCGGGGCCGUGGCCGUGCUCUCAUCUGCAGAAAAAGAGGCAAUCAAGGGUACAUACUCAAAAGUACUGGAUGCAUAUGGACUCCUAGGUGUUUUACGAUUAAAUCUGGGUGAUACUAUGUUACAUUAUCUGGUCCUAGUCACUGGAUGUAUGUCUGUUGGGAAAAUUCAAGAAUCUGAAGUUUUCCGAGUUACUUCCACUGAGUUUAUAUCCCUUCGAAUUGAUUCUUCAGAUGAGGAUCGCAUUUCAGAAGUGCGAAAAGUUUUGAAUUCAGGAAACUUUUAUUUUGCGUGGUCUGCGUCUGGAGUCAGUUUAGAUCUGAGUCUUAAUGCACAUCGUAGUGUGCAGGAGCACACAACUGAUAAUAGGUUUUUCUGGAAUCAGUCUUUGCAUUUACAUCUCAAGCACUAUGGUGUGAAUUGUGAUGACUGGUUAUUACGCCUCAUGUGUGGGGGAGUAGAAAUCAGAACAAUUUAUGCUGCUCAUAAACAGGCAAAGGCUUGCCUCAUUUCAAGAUUAAGCUGUGAACGAGCUGGGACCAGGUUUAAUGUCCGAGGUACAAAUGAUGAUGGUCACGUCGCCAAUUUUGUAGAAACAGAACAGGUUGUGUACUUAGAUGACUCUGUUUCUUCAUUCAUACAAAUCCGGGGAUCUGUUCCAUUGUUCUGGGAGCAACCAGGGUUGCAAGUGGGAUCCCAUCGUGUCCGUAUGUCAAGGGGAUUUGAAGCCAAUGCACCUGCUUUUGACAGGCAUUUUAGAACACUUAAGAAUUUAUAUGGUAAACAAAUAAUAGUUAAUUUGCUUGGAUCUAAGGAAGGUGAACAUAUGCUAAGUAAGGCAUUCCAGAGUCAUUUGAAAGCUUCUGAACAUGCUGCUGAAGUUCAGAUGGUGAAUUUUGACUAUCAUCAAAUGGUUAAAGGAGGAAAAGCAGAAAAAUUACAUAGUGUUCUUAAGCCUCAAGUCCAAAAGUUUAUAGAUUAUGGAUUUUUUUAUUUUGAUGGAAAUGAAGUUCAAAGAUGUCAGAGUGGUACAGUUCGAACAAAUUGCUUGGAUUGUCUUGAUAGAACAAAUAGUGUGCAAGCUUUCCUCGGUUUGGAGAUGUUAACUAAACAAUUGGAAGCUCUCGGCUUAGCUGAAAAGCCUCAGUUGGUGACUCGCUUUCAAGAAGUGUUCCGGUCGAUGUGGUCUGUGAAUGGUGACUCAAUUAGUAAGAUAUAUGCCGGCACUGGAGCUCUGGAAGGGAAGGCCAAGGCUGGAAAGCUGAAAGAUGGUGCUCGUUCUGUUUCCAGAACAAUUCAGAAUAACUUCUUUGACAGUUCCAAGCAAGAAGCUAUUGAUGUUUUGCUGUUGGGAAAUACUCUAAAUAGUGAUUUAGCUGACAAAGCGCGAGCACUUUUAACUACUGGAAGUUUGCGUGCAUCUUCUAAAGUACUGAAGAGCAUGUGUGAGAAUUUCUAUAAGUAUUCAAAGCCCAAGAAAAUUCGAGUGUGUGUCGGAACUUGGAAUGUAAAUGGCGGGAAGCAGUUUCGCAGCAUAGCAUUUAAGAAUCAGACGCUCACUGACUGGCUUCUCGAUGCACCCAAGCUAGCUGGCAUCCAGGAGUUUCAAGAUAAAAGAAGUAAACCAACUGAUAUAUUUGCAAUUGGUUUUGAAGAAAUGGUAGAGUUGAAUGCUGGAAACAUAGUAAAUGCAAGCACAACAAAUCAGAAGCUCUGGGCUGUGGAGCUUCAGAAGACAAUCUCCAGAGACAACAAGUAUGUGCUGCUGGCUUCCGAGCAGUUGGUGGGCGUCUGCCUGUUCGUCUUUAUCAGACCACAGCAUGCUCCGUUUAUCAGGGAUGUUGCAGUUGAUACUGUGAAGACUGGAAUGGGAGGUGCAACUGGAAAUAAGGGAGCAGUUGCAAUCCGAAUGCUGUUCCAUACAACCAGCCUUUGCUUUGUCUGUAGCCACUUUGCUGCAGGGCAGUCACAAGUCAAAGAAAGAAAUGAAGAUUUUAUAGAAAUAGCACGAAAAUUGAGUUUUCCUAUGGGAAGGAUGCUAUUUUCCCAUGACUACGUGUUUUGGUGUGGUGAUUUCAACUAUCGAAUCGAUCUCCCCAAUGAAGAAGUUAAAGAGCUCAUAAGACAGCAAAAUUGGGAUUCUCUGAUAGCAGGAGAUCAACUUAUCAAUCAGAAAAAUGCUGGGCAGAUUUUCAGAGGAUUUUUAGAGGGAAAAGUUACCUUUGCUCCGACAUACAAAUAUGAUUUGUUUUCUGAUGACUAUGAUACCAGUGAGAAGUGCCGUACCCCUGCGUGGACAGAUCGUGUCCUCUGGAGAAGGAGGAAGUGGCCUUUUGAUAGAUCAGCUGAAGACUUAGAUCUUCUAAAUGCUAGUUUUCAAGAUGAAAGCAAAAUCCUCUACACGUGGACUCCUGGCACUUUGCUGCACUAUGGGAGAGCUGAGCUGAAGACUUCUGACCACAGGCCUGUUGUUGCUCUGAUUGAUAUAGAUAUAUUUGAAGUUGAAGCCGAAGAAAGGCAAAACAUUUAUAAAGAAGUAAUUGCAGUUCAAGGUCCACCAGAUGGUACAGUAUUGGUCUCAAUCAAAAGUUCUUUACCAGAAAAUAAUUUUUUUGAUGAUGCUUUGAUUGAUGAACUUCUGCAGCAGUUUGCAAAUUUUGGUGAAGUUAUACUCAUAAGGUUUGUAGAAGAUAAGAUGUGGGUUACGUUUUUGGAGGGAAGUUCUGCCUUGAGUGCUCUGAGCUUAAACGGGAAAGAGUUAUUGAAUCGGACUAUAACUAUUACUUUAAAAAGUCCAGACUGGAUCAAAAAUUUGGAAGAAGAAAUGAGUCUAGAGAAAAUUAGCAUUGCUUUGCCAACAUCAACAAGUUCUACCCUGCUUGGUGAAGAUGCAGAGGUCACAACAGAUUUCGACAUGGAAGGUGAUGUUGAUGACUACAGUGCAGAAGUAGAGGAGCUUCUUCCUCAACAUCUCCAGCCAUCCUCAAGUUCUGGCCUUGGCACUUCCCCGAGCUCUUCACCCCGGACCAGCCCUUGCCAGUCACCUACAAUAUCAGAGAGUCCCCUCCCCUCCCUUCCCAUCAGACCAAGCCGAGCACCAUCAAGAACUCCUGGGCCUCCAAGCUCACAGGGUUCUCCUGGUGACACUCAGCCAGCGCCACAGCAGCAGCAGAAAGAUGCUUCCCAGGCCUUGGAGCCCAAGAGGCCCCCGCCUCCCCGCCCAGUUGCUCCUCCACAAAGACCAGCCCCCCCCCAGAGACCACCUCCGCCUUCAGGGGCUAGGAGUCCUGCACCUGCUAGAAAAGAAUUUGGAGGUGUUGGAGCCCCUCCCAGUCCUGGGGUAGCUAGGAGAGAGAUGGAAGCACCCAAAAGCCCUGGGACAACACGGAAGGAUAAUAUAGGACGCAAUCAGCCUUCCCCUCAAGCAGGACCCCCAGGGCCAGCACCUGCUGGCUACAGUACAGCCAGACCGACAAUUCCUCCUCGUGCUGGAGUCAUCAGUGCCCCCCAGAGCCAUGCACGGGCUGCAGCUGGAAGAUUGACUCCUGAAAGCCAAAGCAAGCCGUCAGAAGCCCCAAAAGGUUCCUCUCUCCUUCCAGAACCACUAAAGCCACAGGCUGCCUUUCCUGUGCCCCCACCUGCUCAGAAGUUGCAGGAGCCUCUCAUCCCUGUGGCAGCACCUGUGCCUCCAUCUGGCCCCCAACCAAACCUGGAAACCCCUCCUCAGCCACCACCGCGGAGCAGGUCGGCCCACAGCUUGCCUUCAGACUCUUCGCCACAAGUGCAAAUAAAAACAAAUGGAGUCUCUGGUGGGAGACAAGACUCUCCAUUAAAGAGUGACCCAUUUGAAGAUCUGUCAUUUAAUCUGCUUGCUGUAUCAAAGGCUCAGCUCUGUGUUCAGACAUCACCCGUUCUAACCACAGACCCAAAGAGGUUGAUUCAGUUGCCUUCUGCAACACAAAGUAAUGUUAAUACUGUGGGUUCUGUAAGUUGCAUGCCGACGAUGCCUCCAAUUCCAGCCCGGAGUAAAUCCCAGGAAAAUAUGCGGAGUUCUCCAAACCCAUUUAUUACCAGCUUGACCAGCACAAACCCUUUCACUGACAGAACUGCUGCCCCCGGGAACCCCUUUAGAGCCCACUCUCUGGAGUCAGAGGCGUCGCCAUGGUUCUCUAAGGAAGAGCCUGUUCCCAGCAAUCCUUUCCCGCCUCUGAUGCCUCUCGGUCAGAACACAAGCAAUCCUUCCUCUUCACGUGACGGCUUCAAGGACAGCUUUGAUCUGCAGGGCCAGUCUACAGGAAAAAUGAACAACCCGAAAGGGUGGGUGACCUUUGAGGACGACGACGACUUUGGGGUGACAGGGAAGUCGGAGUCAGCUUGUUACACAGACUCCCUGGGUCAUCAGCCAGGUUGGUUUUCUGGCCCCGGCGUGACAACUGACAACCAAAACAAAGGUACAGAUGUUUCUUUUUGUGUCUUACCAUCGAGAAGGCCACCUCCACCUCCUGUCCCACCGCUCCAACCCAGCACCAACCCUCCGGUGGAUCCUUUCACAGCCUUGGCAUCUAAGGUGUCUCCCGCUCUAGACUUCACGGAAAGAUAAUGUUCUACAGUAGGAGACAGUCGUCAUUCAGUUUUGGCAGGGGAAAGCCAAAAGAAUUGGGCAUUAGUUACUCAUUACGUGCAAUAAGUGAUUGUUAAGUGCACUGAUAUCUUUAUGAUAUACCACUAUUUGAUAUGUACAAAGUUGGAAUAUGUGUAUAUUGGACGUAAGGAAAAGAAUCCUUCUAACUGGAGUUUUGGUGUGUUGCUCUCCAGGUGACCAGGAGACAGUAGUAGCCAUAAAAAGUGCUUAAAACUACUUUAGAAAAUAGUCCGUAUUCAGAAAUUCUUUGUCGGUCUUCUCGGAAGAACCUCAGAAAUCCCACACAGCCUAUGCUGCCCUGACUGCCAGUGCUGUCAUGCCUGCUCCCAAUUGGCAUUUAUGAGAUUCUGCCAAAGAGCUGCCAGCUACCUAAAGUUCUAACCAGGUCCCUUUCUCAAUGUCUUAUCGCCAGAAAGAUGGCCACAAGUGUAAUUUGAGUGUUUCCUUGAUUUCUAAAAUUGGAAUAAUCCCACCGUAGAGCAGGAGUUGUCUGCCGUCCCCCACCUUCCCUUUCGAAUACACACACCCUUGUUACUUUACACUCUAGCCCUUCCCUGGGAGGAGGUUCUUGGAGCUGGCAGCAGCGUACGUUGUGGUCACUGUCAGAUGGACAGAUGGUCUAGCUCUUAAAACAGCACUAGGGCCUACAAUGCAGGGAAGGCACAGAUCACCAAGUUCAAGGGGAAGUAUUGGAGAUAAGUACUGCCUUCCUGCACUGCGGUGUGCGUCGCUGUUCCCCUCCCGCACUUAGCUGUUGCUGCGUUUGCUCUGGGACAAGCAGCUGUCCUGAGUGCUAUGAAUUGGGGAUGCACCGUCCAUGCUUUCUCCCUCCAUCAAGAAGCUACAUAACACAUCUAUGUCCAAUGCUGCUUUAUGUUCCUGGAGGCUGUACCUCAGACUAGCUGUGGAUUUUGUCUCCUGCACUGCCAGUAUGCAGUUGGUUCUGCUUUUGUUAAUUUUAUGAAGACGUAUACAGAGUUUUUACAGAAUGUAGUAUUUUGAUAUCAUUAAGUAAACCAAUCAGAGAACUCCUUGAGCAAUAGUUUUCUUGUCAUUUUAAGUUUAAAAUCAUCUUUACCCAUAUGUUAAUGUUCCUUUUCUAUGAAGAGCUGUACAUGUCCACCUAAAUUUCUGUGUCUGCAUUAAACCUCUAAAGAUGUGUGUUUGGAGAAUAUUGACAAGUUCAUGGUUAGGAAUACUUAAAAUGUAAAAGCACAGCAAACUGCAUUGCACUUCUGAUCUAAAGCAAAUCUGCUAGGAAAAGGCGCUUUUCUAAAUGCUCAAAUGUUAUCAAAAUACUAUAUUUAUAGAAUUCUCUCUCUGCUAACAGCCAGGAUUUGCUGUUAGAGACAACUCUUGGGAAUUAAUAUUGUGCUUUUUGGGGGCUCUAAUCAUUUCAGCAGUAGUAUCUUUUAAACAGUAUUACCGUAAGCAGUGUGCUUCAAAAUGUGAAUUAACUUGUUUGAAACUGUGGCUUUAACAUCUGUGUGAUUAGUGUAUAUGGUAUUUGCUCUCCAUUAUCAAGAUAAUUCAUUGUUGGGUAAACGUGGCUCGUAGGGAGUGCAGUUCUGUGAGCAGUGUUUCCUAUUGAAUAUCUCAGUCACACAUAGCAGCAGCAGCUCCGCCUUGUUCAGGAAGAGUAUAUUUGGCAAGUUGCUGAAAAUGCACAAAGUUAGGAAAGUUAAAAGUAUGCUGCAAAUAACUAGUCAUUAUUCUGUGUAUUAUUAAAUAUUUACCAGUUCUGUUAAAAGCAGAGCAGAAAUUAGACACUGAGGAUCUCUGUGAAUUCUUUGUUCUCUGUAGUAGAUUGCUGUUUAUAUGUAUGUAAGAAUUUUAUUGCUUCUGUGGCAUACGAUAUUUAUAACUAUAUACUUUAUAGAAGUACAGUAUUAAAGUCAGUGGUAUACAGACAUUCUGUACAUAUCCUGUGAAAUGUGCUGUCACAUGAAAUAAAUACACCUGUAUUUAC